GUGGACAGAUGUAAACAGACGAAUCUUUUUUUUUACGUAUAGCGAGUCAUUUCGUGUACUAUACUUUAUUUUACUUAAGUGACUUUAAAAUAUAGCCCAAAUUGGCCGUCACGGUCCAGUCUUUGUUUUGAUUACAGCAAGUUCACAAAUUGGGCAACUGGUCUUGAACUGCUUUAAAACUUUUUCAAAUGGUAUCCAAAAAGCAUCAUCUGAUUUCUUCUUAAUCAUCUAGAACCUGCUUUCCUAUGAAAUAAAUUCAAGAAAUCAUUGGAAAAGAUUCUGCUAAGUGAGUGGUAGUAAUGACUGCAUAAUUGUGGUCUCUGCGCAUUACUCUGUGCGUUUUUUUCUCUUAAUUAGACAGUUUGUUGGAAAAUCAGUGUGUUGGAGAAGGUCUCUAUUACUAAAAAAACUGUAAGAUGUCAUCAGUCAGUUAUGUUACAGUAUUCAGUUUUAAGAACAAGAUGUUUGAAGCAAACUCGCUUGUACAAACGUUGCUUCUCAUAUCUCAUUUGUUUGAGAGUGAAAAUGUUCAGUUCCUCCUGUAAUAUUUUUUCAGUCAUAUGCCUAAUAACAAAUUUUAAGGAAAACUUCGAUAUUUCUUCUUGGAAAUUCAGCCAGAUAAUGUAGUGGAAUUUGCGAAAGACCCUGAUUCUAACAUAAAGGGAUAUGAGGUACAAGGGAGAAAGUCCAGCAAAUGCUGAAAGCUAUGGAAAGGAGGAAAUAUUUUUUGUCUGAGAAACUGGUUUAGUAGGACUAAAAACAUCAUGGAUAUGAAAAGUGAUUUAGUGAAACGGGAGGAGAUUGUAGAUGUUGAAGGUCAUGUGGGUGAUAUUCCAUAUUCCUAUAAUGAACAAGAUAUAAAUAUCUUUGAACAAGUUGAUUUGGAAACUCCAACACCAAAGAAAGUAAGUAUAGGAGGUAAGCGUCCCUACACUUGCAGCACUUGUAGUAAAACGUUCAUCAAGAGCAGUCAUCUAAAACGACAUGAGAGAAUACAUACAGGUGAACGUCCUUACAACUGCAGCAUUUGUGGCAAAGAUUUUGCCAUGAAAGAUAACCUUAAGCAGCAUGAAAAAACACACUCGGGUGAACGUCCAUUUUCUUGUAAUAUCUGUGAGAAGACUUUUACUAAAAAGGCUGCUAUUGGUCAGCACAUGAGAAUACACACAGGGGAACGACCAUACACUUGUGACCUGUGUGGAAGGAGUUUUGUUCAAGCUGGCCACCUGGAGACCCACAAGAAAAACCAUAUAGGAGAUCGCCGAUUUGGUUGUGACUUAUGCGGAAAGAGAUUUAUUGCAAAACCCACAUUAGAUAAACACAUGAGGAUUCAUACCGGAGAGCGGCCAUUUUCCUGCACUUUGUGUGAUAAGAAUUUUAUUCAUAAAGUCAGCCUUACCAACCACUAUAAAGUACACGCAGGCAUCCGAGCAUUUUCUUGUGAUGUAUGCGCCAGGAGUUUUAUCCAUAAAAUAAACCUUGACAAACACAAACGGACUCACACAGGGGAACGGUUAUUCUCAUGUGAUAUCUGUGGAAAGUCGUACACAACUAAAGAUCACCUCAAUCAUCACAUUAGAAAGCAUACAGGAGAAAGGCCUUUCGUUUGUCAUAUAUGUGGUAGGACUUUCAUUCAGAAAGGAUGCCUUAGCAAGCAUUAUAGAGUUCACACAGGAGAACGUCCAUAUCACUGUGAUACGUGUGGGAAGACUUUCAGUCAAAGAGGGCACCUUAAUAGGCAUAAAAAGAACCAUACAGCCGAAAAUUCAUUCGCUUGUAAAAUAUGUGAUAAGACUUUCCCACACAGCAAAGCCCUUAAAUCUCAUGCAAAGUGUCAUGCAAAAGAGUAUUCCUGUCAUGAAUGUAGUAAAAGUUUCCAGAGUCAGGUGAAGCUUAAAAAACACAUGAAGUGCCAUUCUCGGAAAAAAUUGCUACCUUCUGGAGAAGAGGGAAAAAUAAAAUGUGAUGAAGAAAGUCUGAAGGAGAAAGUGAAGGAAGAUGAAAACUCUUUUAGGAAAGUCAAUGAUUUUGAAGAAAGUCUGAAGGAGAAAUUGGAGGAAGAUGAAAACUCUUUUAGGAAAGUUAAUGAUUUUGUUAGUGUGGAUGUAAAAGUAGAGUCUGAUGAACACGAAGAAGAAAGCAUUUCUCCGAAUCAUGUAGGGUUUGAUAAAUCCACAGUGCCUGAGAAAGAUGACGAUACUUCUAACAUGAAAAACAGGAAUUUUCUUUGUGAAAAAGUAAAACAGGAAUCUGAUGAGCAAAUAAACGAUUUAUAUGAAGAAGAAAAUAAUGCUAAGAAUCAUGUAGGAUUUAAUGCACCCAUAGCAUCUGGGGAAGUAGUUGAAAGGUCUUCCAAGGAAAGCAAAGAUUUUCAUAGUGUGGAAGUGAAAGAUGACUCUAAUGAGCCCAUAAAUAUUUUAUGUGUAGAAGAAAGCAAUUUUAAGAAUCCUUUAGAAUGUAAUGCCCAGUGUACCAAAGAUCCUUUGGCAUUUGCUACAGAAGAAGUGGAUUCAUACAGUAUUGCCGAAGUUUUUAUAAGAGAAGAGGAAGAUGGGGAUUUCUAAUUUCUUUUCUAAAAGCCCAUAUUAAAUUACUAUUUAUAACUGAGGUAGUAUUGUGGAGAAUGUUUAUACAGCUUUUCUUUAUUGAUGUACAAUAUAUUACUUUCAGAGGCUAAUUAAAAGUUACCCAUGUAAAUGACCUAUUACAGUAUCAUUGACAGAUGGACCUAUUUGUACAAGAUUAGCAUUUAUGUUGAGCAUUACUGUUUAAUUUUGUGAGAAGAUAAUCUAUGACUGUUAUUACUGGAAUUAGAACUUAUGUCAUUCCUAUAUUUUGAUAUUUUAUGGUUUAUGUUUUAUCAUGUGAAGAUAUGUACCCAUGGUGACAGGAAAGUUUUUAUGUAUAGUUCAAUAAUGUUUUAAAAGUUGUUUAGCUGAAGUUAUGCUAGAGAGGCAGUCUCGAAACAACCUUCAUUUACACUCAAGUCACUGUUUAUAAGGGAAAUUGUGUAUCAUUCACUUUCAAAUCAUUAUUUUACAAUACACAAGCAGUGAAUUGUUUAUAACACAAGAACAAGGAUUAUUUCAUCGCAAAAUCAUUGUACCAUAUGUAAGUGUUAUGUUCAGUAGCAUUUGUCUGCAGACAUCGCAAAAGAAGCAAAGUUUCCCAUUCUGCCUGUUCUACCUAUCUCUGUCUUUGUGUUCCCAAUAUGGUUUUAACAUAUUUUCUGCAUUUAAGGUUACCAUUCUCCUGUUACAACAUAUCAUGAAACAGCAUUUUUGAUUACCAUACCCAAUAAUAAGUGUGACUACAAGUUUCAUUCAGUUUUCCUUGUUUUGGUGAUCUACAACAAGUGUAUUUCUCAGGCUUUCCUAUGUUGUACUGUCGUGCUGCAUAUUGUUCUGUGUGUGUGUGUGUGUUCUAGUGUCUGUGUAUGGAAGAUGGAAGAUCACAUUGCUUUCUUCAUUCAAGUCAUCAGAGCCACCAGCCUGCAAACAGUCAAUCUUCAUUCAACCUUUAUAAGACUAAGAAUGAUUAUUCUACUACAGUAUUAUUGAUAUAACUUCCUAAAUUCCUUACCUUGGAAGAAGGUCAAACAGUUGUAGUGACUGGUGUCCAAGGGUCCAAGGGAUUUAUAAAAUGCAUAUGAAUAAUUCUCAGGAUCUGUGGAGCAAAUAGUAUAAACAAAUGGAGCUGAAAUAAUGGACUGCCAAAAUACUACACAAUCUAACAAUGUUGUGGUAAAUUAUUAAUUAUAACAAUGCACAGAAAUGAAUUACCAAUGAUAUGCAGCGAUCAAACAAAAGUAGAAAGUAAAUCAGUGCAAAAUGCAAACUAAUAACAUGCAAGCAUUUGUUUCAGAAACAAGAAUGCGACAGUUGGUAUUAAAAAAGAGCUUGUCAAGAGGUAAUAACUACUGUAUAUAGACUAAGAAACAACACAAGCUAUCUACAUUACACUCUGCAAAACAUUAUAAAUCAGUGGCAGUGAUUCAAGAGUAAAAAACAAAUGAUAAAUAACACAUAUUGUAAAAACACACUAUUGCCUCCCUUCUCAUCACAUUGCAAUUCAAAUAAUGCUGAGAAUGGUCAAAGUGUUAUUUUACAUUUCAUGACAAAAUUUUAUAUUGUAUGAAUGAAGUGACGAAGGGUACCAGAUAUUGAAGCCAACACCAGUAUGACUGUCUCGAAGGUAACCAAGGUGUUUGAAGUUGUGGCGCAGUGAGAAAGGGAGCAUUGUUUAAUGAGGAUUUGAUGCUUAAUAUUUUUGUAGUUGACCAUAUUUUUUAUAACUAAUACUUCACAUUUUUGGUUGUAUAGGUUGAUUAAAAUAAUGAGGUUUUACAUUAAAUAGAGACACUUUGUACAUCAUAAUUUUGACUUGCAUAAUCAAGUUGAAUUGCUCUUGCUAAAAGGAUUUGUUUAGGGUACAGUUAAUGUAUGGAUAAAAAGUUGAUUUCAGUAAACAAGUGACUCAAAAUCAAUAUUUUCUAUGUUGUCAUCUACAAUUCAUCUUUGGUAUACGACUGUCGACUAUGAUCUAUGAGUGAAUGGGGCUGUCUUAAAUUUGCCUUGCUAGUAUAAGUUGUGUUGAACAAAUUUUAAAACAUAAUCAACUGUACGUAUAUAAAAACUUGUAGUUGUCUUGGAUUCAAGUUAAGGAGAGUUUUAACAUGAUGUUUUGUAAUACUGUCUAUUGAAAGUAUUGUUAUUGUAAGGUUAUCAGGGAAAAAUAGUAAGGCCGUAGCCUUACAAGUUUUAAUUUUAAUAUGUAUUCAAAGAUGGAAGGGUUGAAAGUGUUACAGAUAAAGAAGAAAGUGAAUAGAUUCCAUUGUUUUAUUCAUGAAAUGUGAUGUGGUUUUAGUAAAAGGAUUUAGUUUAUUAAAGGCUACAAAAAUGUAAGCAGGUUAAGAUUCAGUUGUAGAGAAAAUGGAAAUAUGUAUACCUCUCUUUAGUUAUAUUAUUCUGAAUGAAAUAAGAUUAUUUGUUAUUAUUAUUCUGAAUGAAAUAAGAUUAUUUGUUAUUAUGCCAAUGUUGUUUUUAUAUAAAAUGUAAAGGUAAAGGAAUUUCACGACAUAAAUUUAAUAUAGUGAGUUCACUACAUACAUCCUUAAUUAUUUCUUCAGUCAUAUAUACUGAGGCUUUUCAUUUUGUGAAAUUUGUUAGACCUCAAUUCAUGUAGUAUAUCAUCAUUUGUGAUAUUACACGACCAUUUGAGACAGGUAUAAAUUUGAUACACAAUAUUUUGUCUUUUCACACCUGUGAAUGAGGAAAAUACCACGAGGCAGCUUCCAGUCCAUUCUUAGGGAACACAUCUGUUCAUCUUCCAAGAACUUUGUGUCUUGUCACCAGAGACCGAGACUGUACUACUACCAAAGAUAUACCUAUCUUCAUUCCCAGAUUUUUCUAAGUCUACCCUCUAUAAAUCUCCAGCUGUGUAACAAAUAUAUAGUAUGUUAAUUGUAAGUGCCUGAUCUUACCCAAAAUUUGAUAAUUUUUUUUUAUCCAAAAUAUCA